AUGGCCGUGAAGGAUGCCAUCGCCAUUCUUGAACUCGAGAAUGUUUUUACGCAGGAAGAGCUGAAAGUCAGUUUGGAGAGAAGUCUUUUCGGAUGCCGUCCUGACAUCAUGGUGGUGCGUGGAAAGCGUGGAAACGACACUGUUGGAUUGCUGGCUAUCGAGAUGAAACAGCCUGUCCCUAAAGAACCUCUGAGAGACUACCCGACAGUCGUAGGACAUGCCUUUGAUCACGCGAUGGCAAUGAAGGCCUUCCAUGUGGGGACCGACCUUGUCUUGGUCUCUUCUUUCAAGGAGUCCUUCCUCUGCUCCUUGAAAAAGUCAGACUUGAUGACAACAGCACCAAGAGACCAAGAAAUGAAAGAGGGAGCGAACCAAGAAAUGAAAGAGAAAGCGACAACCACGCCAACGUCGCAAGGACAGGUCCUGCCAUCACAGUCGCCCCCUAAUAUGAAAUCUCCGCCAAAAGCAAAGUCUUUUUCACAUGAUGCUUCUCUCCUCUUCCUGGCUCCUCGCCGUCUAAAGGCUCAUGAGCUCGUAAAGCUUGUCUAUACCGCACUCAAAAUUGCCAAGAAGGACUACAGAAAAUACGAGAAGACCAUCUAUUGCCUCAAGGAUCAGCACAAGUAUUGCUUUCCUAGAGUGCUUCGAGUGACACAAGGGGAGAAAACGUGUGAUUGGGGACGUUUAGAAGCAACAGUAGGUCAAGAAAUUAAGGAAGGGACUCCACGAACCAAAAAGAGCAAACCAGGGAGGUAUUACAUUGUUGGAAGCCUGGGCCAAGGCACAACAUUGAAUGUUUUUCAGGCGCUGAAUUGGAACGGACAGCUUGUCGCGCUGAAAGUGUACGUGAAUAAUGAGAAGGAAGGUGGACCAAUGACGAAAGACGAUUUCCUCAAACAGGCCGAGUCGGCAACGAAAACAGAGGUGGAAAACCUCAAGGAUAUCUACUCUCCGCUUCUCAAUAGUCGAGUGCGUGCCAUCCAGAUCUUGGGCUUUUGGUGCGUUGUCACGCCUUUUUUCGAACCGAUACCGCAGGCGGAGCGAACAACCGAUCAAACCUUGGGUGGUAUUCGAGAGGCUCUAGGCCGGUUCAAGAAGAAAGGAAAGAAGUACCAAGAAUCCGACAUUCGCUGGCACGAUGUGGGGACUCUUAUGGACAGCGCAGAAGGGGGGAUACAUUUUAUAUGA